GCGGAUAUUUUCAGGCAAUUCGUUUUUGACUUAUAUAGCGAUAAUACGUAUAAAGUAGUGCUCAAGAUUUAUAUUUUAGUAGAUAAUUAUUAUGUGAAACAUGAUUCAAAGUACGCAUAUGCUUAUAUUCUUUGGAAUUACAUGCUUUUUAUUUCUAACCGGAAUUGCUUCUUCAACUGAUGCGAAGUUACCUCAAGUACCGCAGUGUUACCACCCGAUAGAAUAUCGUAUAAAUAUUUCUGCAAACAUACAAAACAAUUCUCUCCAUGUUGAUUCUUGUGUCAAACUGAACGUUUCAUGUGUACUGCAAGAUAUACGAUUAUAUUUCGGACGUUACCUGAAUGAUUUCUACUAUGGUACCGUCGAUAAUAUCUUUACUGAUACUUCAGUGGAAUGGGUACUACAUGUGCUAUUUUCUGAAACAAGUGAUUCAUUCGGUGACAUGAUUCGUAUAACAAAAUAUCAAAACAACUCUAAAACAACUGUACGGAAAAGAAGUAUACUACCUGGAAUAUACUGGAUCAAUGUAAAGUAUAAUUGGAUUUUAGACAAAAGUGCAAUGAUUUUUGAAAAAAAAACAAAAGACAAAUAUUUGAUUUUGCCGCGUAUACCCGCUGACUGGAUAUUUCCGUAUUGGACAAAUCCCACAACCAAGGCUAAAUUUACAAUUCAAAUUAGACAUGAUCACGAUCAAACAGUUCUAUCACAUAUGCCUUUUGAUUACAUAGUGCAAAACAAUCAACUUUAUUCUUUAUUUCGUAUGACACCUAAAAUAUCCACUCAUUUGGUAGCAACAGCAAUCGUACCUUCGGAGUGUACUAAACAUGUCCAUGUGUUAAAUACAUGUACUAUACAAAGCAGAUUCCAAGUGAAAAACGACAUUUUGUACGCAGUAUUUCUUAUAAACAAUAUUGUAACAUUCAUUAGAAACAAGAUAGAAAAUAGCACAUCAGUUUCAUACGUGCAGUAUGUAGUACUUCCAAUAAACUCCAACAAUUACGAAACUAUAGUAACUACUGCACUUGUACUCUUCAGAGAGGCUAGUAUUGCAUACAAUAGAAAGGUAAAUUCGAUUAUAAAAAAAAAAGAAGUAGCACUUUUGGUUGUGCGCAGUGUGAUGCAAGAAAUGUUCAGUGAAUGGUUACUUACAUUAAAAACCUCUAAUUCUUGGUUUAUAGAAGGGUUUUUGUCAUUUUACGGAGUUUAUUUAAACGAUCAGAUUGUUACCAAGUUGGCAGAGAUGGAUAUAUUGCCAAGUAAACUGUAUUAUAGUAUAGAAACUUUGCGAUCUGAACUUGCAUAUGAUUCAAUACAAGAAAGUGAUUCUGUUACUAUUCUUUACAAUCUUGUCGCAAGACAUGUGAAAGAUUUUUCUUCAUUGGACACUAUAAUAAGCCAAAUAAAAGACAGAUUUCCAAGGUAA